UAUCGCCCUUGAAAAAGACGUUCCCGGAAGGUAAUCCAAAAACCUAAAUUCUCAUAUAUCUUGAUAUAUAUUUAGUGUCAAAAAUAAAUUAAAAGAUGAAUGAAUAAAAUACUUUACGAUAAAACAUGUAGACAAGGAGACAUUAUGACAUGUGACUAUUUAAAAGACUAAUUAAUGAAGGGAAGUAAACAAAGCAACAAGUUCCAAAAAAAUGGCAGCACUUUACAAUGGGAAUCAAAUAGAAAACGAUGAUUGGGCCAGAUUCAGAAGUUUGGAACGUGGACUUGUUGUGACAAUAUUCUUUGGAAAGAAUAAAAGACCUGAGAAACGAACUUUACAAGUUAGAAUAGAAACAAGACAACUGGUAUGGAUCCGAGCACAAGGAGGAAAACCAGAGGGUUCAUUAAAUUUGAGGGAAGUGAGAGAAGUCAGAGAAGGGAAAAACUCCAAAGAUUUUGAGAAGUGGCCUGACGAUGCCAGGAAAAUGGAUAAUGCUCUCUGUUUUGUUAUUUUUUACGGAUCAGAAUUCAAACUUAAAAAUUUAUCUCUUGUUGCGUCCAGUUUAGAUGAGUACAGGACAUGGAAGUUUGGUUUACAGAAAUUGGAGGAAUCGGCUAAAAAUGCAACAUAUCAGAUACAGCUAGAAAGAUGGUUAAGAAGAGAAUUUUAUUUGAUGGAAAAGAGUGGAGCAGAUACAGUAACAUUGAAGCAUUUUAAAGCCUGGAUGCAGAAAAUAAAUUGUAAGAUCAAUAACAAAGAUUUGAGAGACAAGUUCCAGGAAGUUGCUAAAAUGUCCGAGUCAAUACCGUACCAGUACUUCAUCUUGUUAUUUAAGAAAAUCAUACAUGUGCCAUGGAUAAUUGACAAUUAUUUAGAAUCGUUUGCUGAUUAUCAGAAUUCUAAAAAACUCAUCUCCCCUAAUAAAUUCCAGCAGUUUCUGAUGAAUGAACAAAAAGAAUCUUGGGCAGAAAAUAUGCCUCAGGUGAAGACCAUGAUGGUUGAUUUUGUUGCUGAUGCUAUGAGACAUAAAGGAAAUAUUUAUUUUGAAGAUAACGAGUUUGAGGAUUAUUUAUUUUCAAGUGCAAAUUCAAUAUGGGACAGUGAAUAUGAUAAAGUCAGUCAAAAUAUGGAUUUACCACUAUCAAACUAUUGGAUAGCAUCUUCACAUAAUACAUACUUAACAGGGGACCAGGUAUCCAGUAACUCAUCAGUAGAUGCUUAUGUCAGAUGUCUGCGUAUGGGUUGUCGGUGUAUAGAGUUGGACUGUUGGGAUGGUCCAGACAGCUACCCAAGUAUAUUUCAUGGUCACACAUUGACGUCCAAAAUCAAAUUCUUAGAUGUGAUACAGGCUAUCAAAGAACAUGCGUGGACAGCUUCAGAUUACCCAUUAAUAUUGUCGAUAGAAAAUCAUUGUGGAUUAGGGCAACAAAGAAACAUGGCCAUGGCCUUCAAAGAUACAUUUGGAGAGGAUUUACUAAUGGAUCCAGUAGAACCAUUGGAUAUGUCAAAGUUACCUUCUCCUUACAAGUUGAGGCGCAAAAUUAUCAUCAAGCAUAAAAAGCUACCACGAGAAGGAAGUGAGGACCAAUUUGUUACUGUCAGAUCAUCAGAUGAAAGAGACAAUGACAUCAGUAGUUCUGCCAUUAAAACAGGUGUACUUUAUCUAGAGGACCCUAUGGAGCCUACUUUCCAAAGUAAGGUAUGGCAUCCUCAUUUCUUUGCUUUGACAGCAUUUAGAUUAUUCUAUACCAAAGAAACGGACCAAGAUAAUGAUGAUGAGAUUGAUGAAGAUUUACUGUCUCAAUCUCAAACACAGAACCAGUCCAGUACAGAAUUGCAUUACAGUGAGAAAUGGUUCCAUGGCAAGUUAGAAGGAGGUAGAAGAAAGGCUGAUGAGUUGCUAAACAACCACAGUUACCUUGGAGACGGUACUUUUCUAGUCAGAGAAAGUGAAACUUUUAUAGGAGAUUAUUCGUUGUCUUUCUGGAGACGUGGAGAAACUCAGCAUUGUAGAAUUAAAACCAAACAAGAGUUAGGGCAGUUGAAAUAUUACUUGAUAGAGACAGCAUUAUUUGACAGUUUAUAUGAUCUUAUUACAAACUACAGACACAAUCCAGUGCGAGGACAAGAUUUCUCUAUGCGUCUUUCAGAACCUGUUCCUCAGAUUAACAGUCAUGAAGGAAAAGAAUGGUAUCAUGACAACAUGGAACGUGUAGACGCAGAAGACAUGUUAAGACGAAUACAGAAUGAUGGUGCCUUCCUUCUACGACGGGGAGCACAAAAUAAUUAUGCAAUAUCAUUCAGGGCUGAUAAUAAAGUUAAGCAUUGUCGUAUAGAAGUAGACGGCAGAUUAUUUGUGAUAGGAGAGGCGCAAUUUGAAAGUUUAGUGGAUUUAGUGCAAUACUAUGAAAAGAAUCCAUUAUAUAAUCGUAUCAAGUUAAAGUAUCCUGUGAACCAGACGGUAGUCGAAAGAAGGGGCUCUGAUUCAAGUGUUUCAGGGGGAGCUAUGGGUAUGAAUUACGUGAAUCCAAAUGACCUUUCCAAGGUACUUAUACCAGAUGACGAUGAAAAUAGUAUCUAUGGCGAUGGAAUAUAUCACAGUCCAAAUCAGUUGGUAUCCAAGCUGAAAGUAAAAGCCAUAGCAGACUACCAAGCCAACAGAGCAGACGAACUGUCUUUCAACAAAGGAUCCAUUAUAACCAAUGUCAACAAGGCUGAUGGGGGAUGGUGGCGAGGUGAUUUUAAUGAUAAAAGGCAGAAUUGGUUCCCUGAACAUUUAGUAGAGGAGCUGGACCUCCCAGAGGAAUCAGAAGAUACUUCACCAUUAGGAGCUUUGCAGAAGGGUUUUAUAGACAUACAAGGAUGCAGAGUUGAAACAAGCGGAAGGGCUGACAAACCAUUUACAUUUAUGAUCUAUACACGUACAAGUCCUCAGCCACUAGAGGUCGCUGCUGAUAAUGAAAGUGAUAUGCGGGAGUGGAUGGGUAUUAUUGCUAAUUGUACACAACAAACACAGCAAACAAAACAAAAAGAUAAACAGUUAGAGAGGAAGAAAUGCCUAGCUAGAGAUUUGUCUGAUCUGAUUGUCUAUGCUGUUGCUGUGCCAUUUGAUUUAGAUAGAGCCCUUAAAGGACCAAUUAACUGCUGUGAAAUGUCUUCCUUCUCAGAAAUGAAAGUUGAAAAAUAUUUAACAAGACACCAGGCUGCAAGCUUUGUAAAAUACAACACGAAACAAUUAAGUAGAGUAUAUCCCAAGGGAUCUCGGAUGGACUCCUCUAACUAUGACCCUAUGCCAAUGUGGAAUUGUGGGUGUCAGAUGGUGUCACUCAAUUAUCAGACUCCAGAUAGAUCUAUGCAACUGAAUGAAGGCAGAUUUAUGAGAAAUGGAAGGUGUGGGUAUGUGUUACAGCCGGAUGUGAUGAGAGCAAAAGAUUACAGUCCAUUUAGUAAACAGUGCUUACAAAAUGUAGACCCACUCACAUUACAUAUUACUGUAUUGGGAGCUAGACAUUUAUUAAAGUCUGGUCGAGGGUUUGCCUGUCCAUUUGUAGAAAUAGAGAUAGCAGGAACUGAAACGGAUAACAGCAAGUUUAAAACGCCAAAAAUUGAUGACAAUGGUUUGAAUCCCACUUGGAGAGAAAAUUGUUCCAACACUUUUGACAUUACUUGCCCAGAAUUGGCACUGAUCAGAUUCAUGGUACAGGAUGAAGAUGUAUUUGGUGAACCCAAGUUUCUGGGACAGGCAACAUUCCCAGUAUCUUGUCUAAGAACAGGUUAUAGAAGUGUACCUAUACAGAAUGGUUACAGUGAAGAAUUAGAAAUGGCUGCUUUAUUAGUUCAUAUAGAUAAAAAGAAUCCAAGAGAAAGUGAAGAGUCUGAUAUCUAUGCCUGUAUACAAGAUUUACGAGAUAAGAAGAAAGAUCUAGAGGAACAGAUUGGCACUUACCAAAAGGAGGGAAAACAGCAGGGUGUUCAGAGGUUGAUGGAGGAACUGUCUCUUACGGAAGAAAACUUACUUGCAAAAAACGAUGAACGUCGUCAGAGAAAGAAAUAUCAGAAAAUCCUAGGAAUUGACGAUUUUAAACGUAGUCAUGAAAUGCAAUCUGCUGGUCAUUCGAGUAUCAAAAAACAAGAAAGUGUUGCGGCGUUUGGCCAUAAUCCCAAAAGACACGAAAUUGUGAAGCACCAAAAUUCAGCCCCUAUGCUUGGACGAAAACAAGAAAGUAUGAAGGGUUCGGUGGAAGACUUAACAGCCAAGGGUGAUGAAGAAAAACGUUCUCAAAGGAAAAAAUAUCAAAGAAUUUUAGGGAUAGAUGAAGACAUAGCAUCUUCUGAGGAUGAAAAAAUGCUAAUGUACCAAAGAGUAGCAAAACAAGAGAAGAAUCAGUACUUUGAAAUUGAAGAGAUUCGUGCACAGAAGAAAAAACGUAGCAAAGAGAAAUAAUUUCUACAAGGCCAAAAGUUGUGUAUAGGAGGACCUCAAAUAGUUAAUUACCUUAUCACCAUUGAUGACCAUUUGACUGAUCAUGUGAUAGAGAUCUCAUCCUGAUUAACACUCAUCCAAUCAAAUCUUGUGAUACAUACAACAUUUGUGCUAUGACAAAAGGGACAUUACUCAUGUUUUAAUUGUUGACAAUAUUGUUAUACAUUAAUAUUGUUUUAAUUGUAAAUUAUCUUUCCCCAUCUAUAAGUGCUAAUUUUGCUUUUGAAUAAUAAUGAUGAGAAAAAUCAUACCUUGACCAAUAAUAAUCUUAACAUAAAUCUCAUAUAUCGCAAUAAAUCUCAAUUGUAUGAUAUUUUACUAUAAUUUCAGUUGAAUGUUUAUGUAUAAACCAGUCAUUAUGGUUUUGGUCCAUCAGACAACACAAGUCUGUGUGCACAUUUGUUAAAUAAAAAAAGCUUUUUGGUCCAAGCAUCUGACCUAAUAUAUGUUUCUUAUUGUUUAGAAAUGUAAGCUUGGUUUACUAAUAUGGAACUUUUCUCUGAUAAUCAUAUGUUAUGUUAAUACAAACAAGUAAGGAUAAUUCAAAUAACUUGUAGGAAUUGUAAAACCUUGCUCUAGAAAUUCAUAUAUAAACGAUUUGUGGCUGCUAAAAUAAACAUUGAUGAUAUAACUAUGAAAACAUUUACUCAUAAAUUUACUUAUUUCUUAGGAGCACAGUGAUGUUUUUCAUCAAAUUGCUCAAAUUGAAAAUAGAAACUUUUGAUAAGAUUCUGAACAAAAUGUUUAAAACUUAUAUAAUUGCCAUUUACUAAAAAACUUCUCCACUUGUUAAAUGACUGUUAUCAUACCAAGAAUUCACAAGGUCUAAGAUAAUUGCCAAUUGUGAAGAUAUUAUUCUAUAUCUACAUUAUAUACUUUGCAAGUACAUGAGGUAAUUGAAAAGACAUUCUACAUCAUUUAAUACACACUACAUUAUAUAAUAUGCAGAAUUAUGUAAUUUUGUGAUGCAUCAAUUGUAUACCAGGAUACAAACCCAUUUCUGAUUUAUGCAGACAGCUAAGUUGCCAAUGACAAAUAAAUAUUAUGUACUUAAAAAUAGUAUACAAGGCCUAAGAAAUAAAAUUUCGUAGUUUCUAAUCCUAGAGAUUAUACAUUUAUAUAGCAUUUUGAUGAUGAUUUUAAUAGACUUUUUGACAAUGAUAAAUGUAUCUGUUUGAAGUCUACUUAGCAAUGACAUCAGCACUUUGUUAACAACUUUUUAUGUUAUCAGCAGAAAUUAAAAAUUGAUAUCCUUACAGUUCAUGACAUGGUAUCAAAUAUAAAAUUGUUAAGAAUAAAUAUGCAAUUGUUUUAUUGUGUACAGCAAACAAAUAUGCCUAGUAUACUUCUGACAAUAUAUAUACUGUAAUUACCAGUGCAUUGUUUUUGUUAUCGGUUGACUGUCUCAUUGACACAUAUCAACUCCCCAAUCUCUUUUUAUGUAUAAAAGAUAAGAGAAAUAUAAUUAGAAAUAUAAAUAACAUCAUUUCCUUUUACUGUAAAAUUUGACUUGCAUUAGAAACCUAACAAAAAACAGCUUCUGAAAUUUCUUUCCUAAGCCUAGCUAUUUUUUCAUUAACAACAAUUCCGACAGUAACAGUAUUGCAUUACUAGCAUUGAAUUAGUAGUAUGCAGAGGCAGAUUUUGGAGGUGGUCGGCUGUUAGUGGAUAGACUGUUAUGCAAAUCCUACUCCUUAUUUUGUCUUGGUGGGUCCCCUUUUAAAAAUCCUGGAUCUGCUUCUGGUAUGAUAUCAGUUAAAAAAAAGAAGGUAAAAUGGACCUUUUUUAUUGUUCCAAAUACCAAAAACAUUUGUCUAUUAAACCAAUUUUUGUCUCGCCUAUAAAGAAAGUAGUUGAAAUCAACAAGACUUUCUUGUUCUGAGGUCACAGUGGUUUAAGAUUGUUAAAGUUUGCGAUAAGGUUACAAAAGGGAGAAUUAUCUUUGCGUUAACAUUAUAUUUUGCAGUAGUCAGUCUACUGUAGUGCAGUCUAUAUUAAAAUGUUACAGAAGUUUGUUAGCUGUUGAAAUGAAAAUUUCUGUGAUAAAUAUAUUUUUUGGCAAAAGUGAAUUUCAAUACAUGUAAUAUGCAGUGAAAAUGGGAUGUAUCAGUGUCAGUGAUAUUUUUUGUGUAUGCACAAUUGUAAAUGGCACUAUUUUACUGUUCUGUAUCUACAUCUGACAGUCUGUCCAGUAUCAAGUUAAAUUUUUGAUUUUAGGUAGUUUUUGGUCACAAUAACUAGAAAUUAACUUAAGUAUAUAGAUAUGGUCUAUUUUAAAGUAGCAUCAUUUGAGUUUGUUUUUUCAUAUUGUAUAUGAUAAAUUGAUUCAAAUUAAAGGGUCAAAUGUUUGAAAAUAUAUAUUGAAAAUUUGGAAUUAUUUCUGAGUUUCAUUUUUGUUAAACAUAGAUUAGUAUUUAAGAUGGUCAUUUUCAGACCAAAACUAUAUUUAACAAUUUAAUUGAAAACCAAGUAUCUCUUACUGUGUACAGAGUUUGAUCGGAAAUUAGGUGAAUAUUUGUUUGACUUAGUUAUUAGAAGAUUAAUUUGUUUUGUUUUUUAAUGAAUUUGAAAAAAGAAAUCUCCAUUAAGGGGAGAUAAACCUACAUUUGAUAAUAUUGAGAAUUAGCUAGGAGUUUCACACUAUUUGAAUAUAACUUCAUUAUAAGUAUAUUAUUUCUACCUUAAAAAAUUGACAUAUUAUUGUCAGUAAGGACUAAGCAAUAUAGAGAGUAUCCCAUUGCUAACUGUAAUGAUAUUGUAGCAAAUUAUUAAUUAAUUAAAGAUUAGAUUUGUUAAUAUAUAUGUUAAUUUACGAUUAAAUUUGUUAAUUUAUUAACCAAAUUACCAAAAAUCAGAUUGAAGAUCAUUGAAGAAGAAAAAGAAAAGAAAUAGCAAAUAUUACACAAGUGAUGGUGAUGUUUCAUUUGGAGGUUUUGUAAAGUUGACACAUAUAUAAAUAUGUUAUGUACAUUUAUACAUAUGUAUAAAAAAAAUCUUAUUUCUUUGCAAAAUGUAUUUAUGUAAAGCAUACAAUCUUAUGUCAUUUUAAAAAUAUUAAUAAUUUUUGCAUCAUAAUAUUGUGAUAGAGAGAAAAUAUUGAAUGAAAUAUUAAAUAAAUAUUGGUAAACAUAA